CGCGAUCUUGUACGUCACAGACGAUUUCCAUCAAACGCAGUACAAGAUGUCUGUCUAGCGAAGCUGGUUAUCAAAACAAAAAGUGUCCACAUUUGAAAAUCCGGAAUUACCUACGACGGACGACCAGAUAAGAACCACCGAAAUGAGUCUCAAAAUCGACAUCAGCGUGUGCCGGGUUUGCUGCACAUCCGACGCGUCGCACUCGAUCCUGAAGUACGCCCAAAAGUUCCACUACUGCACGGCGAUUGAGGUGGCGGAGAACGAUGGACUUCCGGACAAGAUAUGCCAGACGUGUCUGGAUCGGAUGAAGAUCGCCGUCGAGUUCAAGAAGAAGAGCGAAUCCUCCGACCGGCAGCUGAAAAGUUUUAUUAGCAAUGUGAACAAUCAGUUCUUGGCGCUGGGUGGUUCCAGCUCCGCGGCGGCUAAAUUGGACGAAGAUGAAGAGGCUGCUGAGCCACCGAAGGUAGCCAUGGUUGUGAUUCCUUCGGAAGAUAGCGAUGUGAUCGAGCGGAAGUUGGUUUGCGAGAAAUCCGCCGAGCCGGAACCGGACCUGAAAGCGACGGUAGAAGCAGAUCCGCUUCCUAGUGCUACCUCCGAGUCGGAACCGGAGCCGCCGCCGGAACAGGAACCGGAAAAGUUCCGUGCCGUUGCGGUGAUUCAGGAAAAGCCGCCGGUUAUUAAACCAGAAAGGGAACUCUAUGAAGUGGUGGAGCUAGAGUACGAGGAUACCUAUGUCCAGGAGGAGGAGGAGGAACAAGAGGAAGUAGAGGAGCAUGUGGAAAUGGAAGUGGAGGAACAUCAACCGGAACGGCAGCAACCUGCAUCGGAAUCCGGGGAUUCCUCGGAACAGGUUAUAUACAUCGGAUUCACGUCAGACUUUCCGGACCAGGAAGAAGAGGAGGGGGAAGGUGUGACCCAUUCGGAAUCGCACGGUGAGGGCUCCGAUCGACAGGUAGAAUUUUCUCAAGUGGCAAGAAAACCAUCAAAAACAGCGAACGUGAUCACUUUUCAUCAGCAGGACAGCGUGGACAACAAAUGGCCGGAGGCGGCCAAAUUCGAGUGUGUUGAGUGCUCGAAAUCGUUUUCCACCAAAACGAAUCUGAAUCGACACGUGCAGACCCACAAUGGAAACAAACCUUUUGUGUGUCCUCUGUGCAGUAAGGGUUUCACCCAGGGUGGCUCGCUCAAGCAGCAUCUACUCAUCCACCAGAAUCUGCGUCCGUACGUCUGCACGGCGUGUGGCCAAGCGUUCACCCAGGCCAAAUCCCUAACGUUUCACAUGCGGCGGCACACCAACGAGAAACCGUUCGUAUGUCCGCACUGUUCGUACGCAUUUCGCCAGAAGGAUGGCCUCAAACGGCACCUGAUGGUGAAGCACACGGAAACCGACGCGCGGCAGUUCGAUUGCGAUCAGUGCGGGAAGGCUUUCAAGACGCGGUAUGCCCUUUCGAUGCACCGGAAGCGGCACGACAAUGGCAUGCUGACGGCGACCGUCCGCGAAAGGUAAGUGGCGAGAGGAGAGAGAAAGUGAGUGGCAUGAUUUUCGGAUUAGAUGACUAGUUUUUUUUAACUAAGAAAUCGUAUUUAAAAUUAAGUACAACAAUCGUA